GCAAGAAUUUAUUAAUUAUAAUGCUUGCUGUAGUAUCGUCGAAUAAUAAUCCUAAGGAGACAAAUAAUCCAGUUUGGAAAAAGAAAUUAACUCGAACUCUAAUAAAGUUGUUGACCAAUAAACUAAUGACAAACAAUACCGUGUCAUUAAUGAACGUUUCACCAACGAGGAAUUCAGUGCAGGACCACCACCACUAA